GAAAGGGCGCUUUACAAUCGCGUGACGUCACCGCCGACCCUCACAUCUUUGUCAGUGAACAAAAUGGCAACCUACUGUCUGACUGUCGCCCGGCUGCAGCUGGCCCUGGGCCAGGGCGUCCGGCGCCUGCAUGUAUCAGCGGCUUACAGAGCCAAGGCCAAGGUGGCGAUGAGCCGCUUUGAGCCCACUUCCUUUGUCGGUUACGAAAAACUCCGGACCAAUGUGGGCAUUGUGAAAAAAAGGCUCAACAGGCCACUCACACUUUCAGAAAAGAUCGUGUACGGCCACCUCGAUGAUCCCCACAACCAGGAUAUUGAUCGCGGCCGCACCUACCUGCGCCUGCGCCCCGACCGCGUGGCCAUGCAGGACGCCACCGCGCAGAUGGCCAUGCUGCAGUUCAUCAGCAGCGGCCUGCCGAAGGUGGCUGUGCCCUCCACCAUCCACUGUGACCAUCUCAUCGAGGCCCAGACCGGAGGGGCAAAAGAUUUGGCCAGGGCAAAGGAAGUGAACCAAGAGGUCUAUAACUUUUUGGCCACUGCCGGGGCCAAAUAUGGGGUUGGCUUCUGGAAACCUGGCUCUGGAAUCAUCCAUCAGAUCAUCCUGGAGAAUUAUGCCUACCCAGGAGUGAUGCUGAUCGGCACAGACUCUCACACACCAAACGGUGGUGGGCUUGGCUCCAUCUGCAUCGGAGUUGGUGGAGCUGAUGCAGUAGAUGUCAUGGCAGGAAUUCCCUGGGAGCUCAAAUGUCCCAAGGUGAUUGGUGUGAAGCUGACCGGUACGCUCUCUGGCUGGACGUCUCCUAAGGAUAUCAUCUUGAAGGUAGCUGGCAUCCUGACAGUGAAAGGAGGAACUGGAGCCAUUGUGGAGUACCACGGACCAGGAGUGGACUCCAUCUCCUGCACAGGAAUGGCCACUAUUUGCAACAUGGGGGCAGAAAUUGGAGCCACAACCUCUGUAUUCCCCUACAACCACCGCAUGAGGACUUACAUGGAGAAGACUGGCCGUGGAGAUAUCGCUGUACUGGCUGAUGAAUACAAAGAUUUGCUGGUCCCUGAUGAAGGCUGCCAAUAUGACCAGGUCAUUGAGCUCAAUCUGGACGAGCUGAAGCCCCACAUUAACGGACCGUUCACCCCUGACCUGGCUCACCCCGUGGCUGAUGUCGGUGAGGUGGCUAAGAAGCACGGCUGGCCACUGGAGGUCAAAGUUGGUCUGAUAGGCAGCUGCACCAACUCCAGCUACGAGGACAUGGGCCGCGCCGCCUCCUUGGCCAAACAGGCCCUGGACAAAGGCCUGAAGUGCAAAGCUCAGUUCACCGUCACCCCUGGCUCGGAGCAGAUUCGUGCCACCAUAGAAAGAGAUGGUUAUGCCAAGGUCCUCAGCGACGUUGGAGGUGUGGUACUGGCAAAUGCAUGUGGACCCUGCAUUGGACAGUGGGACAGGCGUGAUGUGAAAAAGGGAGAAAAGAACACCAUCGUCACAUCCUUCAACAGGAACUUCACGGCUAGGAAUGAUGCCAACCCGGCAACACAUGCCUUCGUGACCUCUCCUGAGAUCGUCACCGCUCUCGCCAUUGCCGGCAGAUUAGACUUCAACCCCGAGACAGAUUUCCUCACAGCCUCCAAUGGUGAGAAGUUCAAGCUGGUGCCCCCCACUGGGGAUGAACUCCCAUCCAAGGACUUCGACCCAGGUCAGGACACCUACCAGCACCCCCCUCCUGACGGCAGCAGGGUCAGCGUAGAAGUCAGCCCUCAGAGCAACCGGCUGCAGCUCCUGGAGCCCUUUGACAGGUGGAAGGGAAGUGAUCUGGAGAACCUGCAGGUCCUCAUCAAGGUGAAAGGAAAAUGCACCACCGACCACAUCAGCGCUGCUGGACCCUGGCUGAAGUUCCGUGGUCACCUCGAUAACAUCUCCAACAACAUGCUGAUCGGUGCGGUCAACAGUGAGAACGAUGCCAUCAACAAGAUCAAAAACCAUCUUACAGGAGAGUACGGCGGAGUCCCAGACGUGGCUCGUCACUACAAGGCCAACGGACUGUCAUGGGUUGUGGUUGGAGAUGACAACUACGGCGAGGGCUCCAGCAGGGAGCACGCAGCCCUGGAGCCCCGGCACCUGGGUGGAAGAGCCAUCAUUGUGAAGAGCUUUGCCAGAAUUCAUGAAACAAAUUUGAAGAAGCAGGGACUCCUGCCUCUGACGUUCACCAACCCAUCAGAUUAUGACAAGAUCCGCCCAGAUGACAAGAUCUCCAUCAAGGGACUUAAAAACUUUGCUCCAGGAAAGCCUCUAUCUGCAGUUUUGAAGCACAGCGAUGGCAGCGAGGACACCAUGGAGCUCAACCACAGCUUCAACGAGACACAGAUUGAGUGGUUCCAAGCCGGCUCUGCCCUCAACAGGAUGAAGGAAAUGCAGCACUAAGUAUGGAGGAGGAGGAAGAGGAGUUUCAGGGUUAAAACAGGACGGUGAGGGUUUAUGGAGAGUGACGUAACUGAUAAGAUCUGGUUUAGACUGAAGUUGUGAAAACUUCUUGCUAAGUGUCAAGCUAAUGUUGUUGAUGGAGCAAUGGCAUCUGGUCUGUGGUCAGAUUUUAUUUUAUUUUUUUAGUUAAACAUUAUUCAUCAGCACAUAGCAUUUUUCUUGAGCUGCUGCAGUCAUGCAGUGAAUACCGGUUAUAAACUGAGCUGUAUAAACAAAGAGGAGAGACACACGUGCGUAAAUGCUGCCACCCAAGCGGUGAAGGAAAAUGCUGCCGGCUGAUGUGCUGCCGUGGUUCUUUUGCAGAUGUGAACUUCUCGCUGCAGCUCAGACGGCUGCAACCAACCACCUCAUUGCUUUAGGAAUGUGUUUGUCAAAUGCAUGGCAGUCAUCAGCUUCAGACGCUCUCAAUGGUGUUAACUUGCUAUUUGUUGCAUCAGUGGAUAAAUAUAGAUCUAAAAACAAACUCGUGUUCAUUUACUGGCACACUGAAGUUUAGCCUGUCUGCCCCCUGGUGGCCCAGAGGAGAUACUGCAGGGUGUCAAAGCCAUAGCUGACAUCUGUUUGGUAGGAAUUAUUGAAAGGGGCUCUGGCAACUAACCUGAGGAAUUUAGUAAACAUCUGAUUUAUAUGAUCUCUAAUAAAUUAAUGAGAGAUAAAUACAAGUGAGACCAUUAGAUGUCUUUUUUUCGAUCCUUGUCUUGUAUUCAAGUAUAUUUUAAUCUCUACAGAGUGUUGAGGUUAAAAAUAAUUGCAAACAUAUAAUUCAAUAUAUAAACAGGCUUUAAUACAUUGUAUUGUAGGUUGAUCUCUUCUUCCCCACUGUUCUCAUGACCACCAUCCCCUAACUGAUCUCCUAAUUAAUUUCACCAUUUAUACAGGUUCACACACUUGAUGCAAUGUGUUUUUAUUUUCACGUUAUUUAUUUAUACUUUUUUUUUUCUGGUGCAGGUCUAAAUCUUAUUUUAAUUUCUGUGUAAAGCUUUUCAUUUCAUCCACACAGUAAACUUCCAUCCUGCACUUUCAGUGCCCUUUUUUGUAGGGUAUUGGGCCACUUUUUUUUGAAAGUGUGCAUAGUAUGUUUUAUUACAGUGGAGGGAGCCUGAAAAGCUUACAUUUAUCUAAAAAUGACCUCUUGCGUUGUCAAAUUGGAAACAACACUUCACUUCCUGGUCCCUUAUAACUUAAUGAGCCAAUCAGAUGAAGGCUGAAACGAUCUACUUUCUAUAAACCACUUCAUGUUAAGUGUCUGAUUCUGUGUGCAUUUGAUUGUUUUUGUUGGUUUUUUUUCUCCCAGAUGAGUUUUUUCUGUAUGAAAGGAAUAAAAAUGGACUGUAAAAUAAAAAGUCACAGAUUUCA